GGGGAGACCGAGCAGAGCCGAACAGAGAGGUCCUCGCCCGGUGUGUGGCAGCAGCAAGCAGCGAGCAGCAGCAGCAGCUAAUCUACAACAAAGCCCCACCAAUAUCUCCGAGGGGACGCGGAUCUCAGAGAGCAGACGUCCACGGCCUACAGAGUGAUCCCCGUGUUGUCCUCCUCGACCAGAGCCAGACCUUUCCCCGUGUUGUCAUCGAGCAGACCCGGACGGCAGCCCAGAUGGACAACAGAAGCGCGACAGAAGAGAAACCGGUGCAGCGAUCAAAGUCUCCUCUUCAGUCUUUCAGCUUUAAGACCCAGAGGGAGGUGUGCACGUCAUGUGACAAGACGGUGUAUCCCAUGGAGAGAUUGGUGGCCAACAACCAGAUCUUCCAUGCCAUCUGCUUCUGCUGUAAGCACUGUAACGCCAAACUCAGCCUGGGCUCCUACGCGGCACUGUCGGGAGAGUUCUACUGCAAGCCGCACUUCCAGCAGCUGUUCAAGAGCCGGGGCAACUAUGACGAGGGCUUCGGCCGCAAGCAGCACAAGGAGCUGUGGUCAGGAGGCAAGGAGUCUGAGACCAUCACCAAGACAGCCUAGACC